CCCUCGGGCGGGAAGGGGGAAGCGCCGAGGCUGCCUGACUGGAAUGAGGGUAGCUGCGGCGACUGCGGCGGCGGGAGCGGGGCAGGCCAUGGCGGUGUGGACGCGGGCCACCAAAGCGGGGCUUGUGGAGCUGCUCCUAAGGGAGCGCUGGGUUCGGGUGGUGGCCGAGCUCAGCGGAGAGAGCCUAAGCCUCACCGGCGACGCAGCGGCGGCUGAGUCCGAGCCCUCUUUAGGGCCGGCGGCGGCCGCCUUCAACGGCCUCCCGAACGGCGGUGGCGCCGGCGACUCGCUGCCCGGGAGUCCCAGCCGCGGCCUGGGUCCCCCGAGCCCGCCCGCGCCGCCGCGGGGCCCGGCGGGCGAGGCGGGCGCGUCGCCGCCCGUGCGCCGGGUGCGGGUAGUGAAGCAGGAGGCGGGCGGCCUGGGCAUCAGCAUCAAGGGCGGCCGCGAGAACCGGAUGCCCAUCCUCAUCUCCAAGAUCUUCCCGGGGCUGGCGGCCGACCAGAGCCGAGCGUUGCGGCUGGGCGACGCCAUCCUGUCGGUGAACGGCACCGACCUGCGCCAGGCCACCCACGACCAGGCCGUGCAGGCGCUGAAGCGCGCGGGCAAGGAGGUGCUGCUGGAGGUCAAGUUCAUCCGAGAAGUAACACCAUAUAUCAAGAAGCCAUCAUUAGUAUCAGAUCUACCGUGGGAAGGUGCAUCUCCUCAGUCACCAAGCUUUAGUGGCAGUGAGGACUCUGGUUCUCCAAAACACCAGAACAGCACCAAGGACAGGAAGGUCAUCCCUCUCAAAAUGUGCUUUGCUGCUAGAAACCUAAGCAUGCCGGAUCUGGAAAACAGAUUGAUAGAACUACAUUCUCCUGAUAGCAGGAACACGUUGAUCCUACGCUGCAAGGAUACAGCCACGGCACACUCCUGGUUCGUAGCUAUCCACACCAACAUAAUGGCUCUCCUCCCACAGGUAUUGGCUGAACUCAAUGCCAUGCUUGGUGCAACCAGUACAGCAGGAGGCAGCAAGGAGGUCAAGCACAUUGCCUGGCUGGCAGAACAGGCAAAGCUAGAUGGUGGAAGACAACAGUGGAGACCUGUCCUUAUGGCUGUGACUGAGAAGGAUUUGCUGCUUUAUGACUGUAUGCCAUGGACAAGGGAUGCCUGGGCAUCACCAUGUCAUAGCUACCCCCUUGUUGCUACAAGGUUGGUUCAUUCUGGCUCUGGAUGUCGAUCACCCUCACUUGGAUCUGACCUUACAUUUGCUACUCGGACGGGCUCUCGGCAGGGCAUUGAGAUGCAUCUCUUCAGAGUGGAGACACAUCGGGAUCUGUCAACCUGGACCAGGAUACUUGUUCAGGGUUGUCAUGCUGCUGCUGAACUAAUUAAGGAAGUCUCUCUAGGCUGCACAUUAAAUGGCCAAGAAGUAAGACUCACUGUCCACUAUGAAAAUGGGUUCACUGUCUCCAAGGAAAAUGGAGGUUCCAGCAGCAUACUGUACCGCUACCCCUUUGAAAGGCUGAAAAUGUCUGCUGAUGAUGGCAUCAGAAAUCUGUAUUUGGAUUUUGGUGGUCCUGAGGGAGAACUGACCAUGGACCUGCACUCUUGUCCGAAGCCGAUUGUAUUUGUGUUGCACACGUUCUUGUCAGCCAAAGUCACUCGUAUGGGACUGCUUGUAUGAGCAGCAAAAAAUCAGAAAAGAGUCUUGAAUGUCACAAGAAGUAUUUCCACCUCAAAAAAAAAAAAAAAAGAAAGAAAAAAAGCACAAAAAGAAAGCUCUCUCUCCUCCAGCACAGUGCCUUGACAAGGACCUGCAAAUCACUGCUGAACAGUAACCAUGUUUAAAGAAGAGCCUGCCUUUCACAAGCUACCUUGGCCAGAAAUUCUAGUACUCUAAUAAGCUCCAACAUGAAGCUGUUGAUUGACUGUAUAGUUUCCUAAUGUGGUUUCUAAGUAACUAGGUUUAUUUCCCCUGUUAAGAAGGAUGGCUCAUUGUGGGGUUUCUUUUGGGACGUAAUCAAAUAUCGAAGAGUUGUUUUCGUUUUCUUCUUCCUACAGGAUUUGUUUCAAGCUUA